GCGGGGUCGAGCCAGAACACUUUCGGUCGUAUGAUACUAUUAGGAGUCGAGGAUAUCGAUAAAGCGAGUUAACAUUCCAUUCAUCAUUAAAGACCGACAAUACUUCUUCUUCUUCUUCUUUACUUGAUAAGAAUCGACAUGAGCGCUGCAGUUAUACAGUCAAGUCAUUCCGAUGACUUUAAGAAGCCACAAAGUGCUCCGAGGGAUUAUGCUUUCGUUCGGGAAUGGAAUGAUGCAGUUAGACUCGCGCAGCAGCAUUGGAUAUGGUCCUAUAUCAUGGAUGAGAAGUACCCGCUACAUCCAGCAGCACAAGCUCUUGUCAGCGCGGACAAUCCCACUCGUGAGCCGGUCCAUAUAGCAGAUGUCGGCUGUGGAAACGGGACCUGGCUUCUUGACUUGUACCGCAAGAUGCCUCAAACCAUGUGCGACAAAGUGUUUUACGUGGGGACGGAUCUUUCGUCGGACUAUCUGCCACCGACUGGGGACAUGCCACAGAACAUGACGUUUUCUACCCUUGAUUUGUAUGGUGACAUGCCGGCCGACUUUAUCGGAAAGUUCGACGUUGUCCAUAUCCGCAUGUUUGCGGUAGUGGUCAAGGGUAAUGAUCCAACAUCUUUGUUGCAGAACGUUGUGAAGAUGCUGAAGCCAGGUGGUAUCCUCCAAUGGGACGAGAUGGCAGUCGCAUCCUGCAGGGCCAUCGCUUCAAUCAAUGGUGUCAGUACGAUGGCUUCGGAGGAGUGGAUCAAGGCCCUCUUUGAGAAGUUCAAGAUUAGUUUCGACUCGUCAUACGAAUGGAUCCUACAUCUGAGCGAAUACUUUGAGACAGUGGGUCUGAAGAUCGUUGACUCAGUGCACAUGGAAUGUCCGAAGGAGCUUCGACGAACCAUGACCAGUAACAUCAUCACAGCUUCUGAAAAUCUGUCACGAUCUAUGUCCAGAGAUGAAAGCUGGAUUGGCAAAUGGAGUGCGAUGAUGGCAGAGGUCAACCAGGGUGUCUGUAUGGUUCAAGAUACGGUGAUGGUGGUCGGACAGAAGCCUACUAUAUCGUAAAUCUGACAAGCACUGCCACAUAAUGAUAUAGUAGACUCGUAGUCACCACAGCACGCGUUAGCUUUUUGGUCAGAAAGGGGCACUUCAGUGAGGCUCUUGACACACGAUGUACCAACCUCCUGCAGUGUAGAUAUCCCCAGAGCAUCUUUAACGUGCUAUGUUCAUGUUAACAAGCGCAAAAAUACUACAGCAUCAAUAAUAUAGUGAGC